AUGGCGAAGAAUAAAAACAAGAAGAAGCAAAAUGGCAAGGAGUUAGCGACAGAUGUGGACAAGAAAGAAGACAAGACUCAACAGAGCGAAAAUCAACCUGAAGAAAUACAAAAUGGCCCUGUUCCUGAAGACAAAGAACCUGACAAUGUGGAAGAGCAGAGCGAACAGGAUGAUGACAAGCAGACUUUGCGAACAGAAAACUCUGUUUCUACUUCGGAUCAAACAGAGAUUAUAGAGGAACUCAAGCGACAAUUGGAAGCCAAAGACAAAGAGAUUUUACGACUGGAAUCCAAUAGUCUCAAAGAUCAGCUUGAACAAAAAACACAGGAAUGCGAGAAAUACCAAUCUAACUAUCAGGCACUGCUGAGCAGAUUGUCUUCAAUGAAGUCAGUUUUUCAAAAAAUGAAGGAAUCAGAAAUUGAGCUGGAAAAUACUCAAAAUGAGCUGAAGACAUGCAAGGAGACCAUUGAAAUUUUGGAGGGUCAAGUCGAGGAAAAACAGAAAGUUAUUGACGCGCUGAACUUAUCAGUGGCGUCUUUGAAAGAUGAAGCAGCAAAUUUGAAUGCAGAAUGCGAUAAGCUGAGCAAAGACUAUUCGAUGCUCAAGAAGAGUGCUCAACUGAAAGAGGAUGAGCAAACGUUGGAGAUCAAGCGGCUUGAAACGUCCAAUAAAAAAUACACAGUGGAGCUCAAAGAGCUUAGGUCCGAAAUCGAGGAAUAUCUGAUAAUCGUGAACGAAGAGAAGAUAUCCAAGCAAAAUCUUUUGCAUGAGAUGAACGAAACGAAAGCCAAAAAUGAAAGUCUGGUCUCUGAAAACCAGGCUUUGCAGGAGGAACGCAGAUCACUUCAAGAUCGAAUCACAGAUCUGGAGUCCAGGAUUACAAACCUUACGCAGACAUUUGAGGGAGAAAAGCACGACUUACAACAUCAAAUCGAGGUCAAUAUCACGAGAGCAUCUGCCGCGGAGCAGCAGCUGCAAGAAAUGAAGUCGAAGCUGGUAGAGACUGAGCAAAAACUGAUGCGAAUUACCGAUCUUGAGAACGAGGUUAAGCAGAAGCAGCUUACAAUUGGCAAGUUAAGACACGAGACUAUUGUGUUGAAUGAGCAUUUAAUGAAAGCGAUGAAAUUGGUCAAGAAAGAAUCCACAACCGAAACAGUGGAUCGCGAGUUGAUCUCCAAUCUUCUAAUUUCGUUUCUCCAGAUACCCAGGGCGGACGCCAAGAAGUUUGAGGUGCUGCAACUCAUCUCGAACUUUUUGAACUGGGAUGAUGAGAAAAAAAGACAUGCGGGAUUACUAUCGUCGCAUUCAAAAACCAAUUCAAAUAGCGUCUUGAACGUUCCCAGCACACCCAUUGCCGAGAAUUCUGCACCGCGGUCCAGUCAGUCGUUUGUGUCGCUAUGGACAGAAUUCCUUGAAAAAGAAUCUACACCUUCCAAAUAA